AUGCAUAUCUUACUCUUCAAAAUGCUCAUUGAUCUGAUAGCCGUAGAUCCUGCUUCUUAUGUCUAUCCUUUGUGUAUAGCACAUUUCUUCAGAUUCUAUGGAUCAUUUGUCUUAUUGAGUAGACGUUUUUGGCACAAAGUGUCACAGGCGGGGUCUAAUCCCCAAGGGAUAGGCAAGGUGACUGAGAUGGGGCUGAAACCCAAUACUUGUCUCGGGCUCGUAGAGCUUGAGGAGUAUACAGAGGGUGACAAGGGACUGAGGGGACUGAGGGAACUGAGACAACUGCAAGAUGUCAGGCUGGAUCUGACUGGAGUGACAAGUUGA